AUGCCGCCCCCAGUCGGGCCAUGGUUCGACGCCGUGGCCGACCCAGACUUCUUCGAUCACUUCGAGCUCCGCUCCGGCCAGAUCGUGGAGGUCCAGUGCUCGGACGACGCGGGCGACGAGCAGGGCACGAUGCUGCUCGCGGUGACUAGCACGGCUACCGCCUCGGCGAGGGGUCGAUGGCUCGAGGCCGUGUACAUUGCCGCGAGCGACGAGUACUACGACUGGUACAUGCGGGAGUCGGCGGACAAGCCGCCCAGCCCAGCCUGGUACCACCUCUGCCGAGGUGAGGCGGCCACCUGCCAGAGCGUCAAGGCUGGUGCCGAUUACGCUCUGCAUUUCGCCCGUGUCAGGGCGGUCCCCAGGGCGGCGCUGGCCACGGGUGCGAUCGGUUGGGCUGGUAGGGGUGUUGCCGCCGAGCGUGUGGAGGAGUACCUCGGCAACCUUGAUGGGGGGCGCCGGGAGGCUUACCCGCCUGGGGGAGUCCCCGCAGGCGGAGACCGCGGCGAGUUCUUCGACGCAGAGCUUGUCGAGCAGCCGCGGCAGCAGCGGCAGCCAGAGGGCGCAGUGGUCGUGCUGCCGGGGGCCGCUCUGCUGGAGGUGGGGACGCUGACCAAGCUGGAGGCCCCCUCCUCCGCCAACGGGAGCAAGCAGCUCCAGUUGGUGUCCUAUUCCCAGCGUCAUCCAGGACGGCUGGCCGCACGGCUCCUGCUCAAGAUGGCAGUCGGUGUCAGCAGGGAGGGGGGGGCCGUGUACGCCCAGCUGGGCAGCCCGGGCGAUCUGAAUCAGACGCCUCCGGCAGCGACAUCGUACAUCUUGACGGUGAUGGUUCCGACCCUGGCCACGCGCAUGGCGCUUUGCGACCGGAGGGAGUUGCGGACGCUGUCCCUCAUCCUGGCCCUCCUGGCGACGCAGAGGCCCGAGGAGGCCGCCGACGUUGUGGCCCAGAGGAUCAAGGCGAUCGACAAGGCGCUGCACGACGGCGCUUGGACGCACGCGCAGCUCCUCGAGCUCAUACCCGAGGAAGGGGCCCCCCUCCUGGAGCGCGACGAGGCCGUCGCCGUCGCGAGGGAGGCGCGGACCGACCAGGAGAUCGUGGGUGUGCAGCCGUGGCGCCGGGGCCACGACGAGAACGCAGCCUCCCAGAAGGGGAAGAAGGGUGGCGGCAAGACCAAGAGCGGAAAGGGCGGCAAAGGGAAGCCUCCCGAGCCAGCGGCUUCCUUCGAGCCUACGUCGGGCUCAGAGCCGCGUGGGGGCCUGGAGUCGCCAGAACGCCCGAUGCUUGCUAUUUACCGGGAGGGCUCGCUCCCGAGACCUUCGCCGCCGCCGCGCAAGGGCCACAUGACCAGGGAGAGCUGGCGGGCAGACCUCGAGGUGGCCCUCGCCUCUCGGCCAGGGCUCUUCGAUGCCUUCAUCUGGCUGGAUGCGCACUGGGACGAGCUCGCGACUCCCUUGGGCGACCUGCCACGUUCAUUAGGGCGCGCUGCACCACCCUCUGCCCGAGGGUCUCGCGGAGCCUCCCAAGACAUCCUGCCGAUUGCGGUUGAGGCCGUCCGGGAGCUCUCGGCCGAGAAGGUCUUGGGCCAUGGGCUCGAGGAGGCAUCCCUAGGGCGUUGGAGCGGCGGCCUCCGCCAGCGGGUCUGCUGUAUUUUGUCCGCCCUCAACUUCCAUUAUCUCGGAGCGGGCGCUGAGCCACCUCGGAAGGGCCCGGCACUGAGGCUGUCGCAGCCUCAACUCAGGCUGGUCCGGCAUGUUGCGAUGGCUGUCGUCGCAUUCGUGUCCAACCAGCCCGACGCCGCUGGGCAGGCACCGUCGCUGAAGGCCCUCAGGAAGAAGCUCACGACGCUUCCAGUGGACUACGGGGCCUCGGGCCUGGUUGUCAAGAUGGAGGCGCUCACGCCAAGGAGGGUCAUCCCAGCAUGGCCGGCAGCGGGGUCCGCGGCAAUCCAGCCCGUUACCAAGUUCCUCGAGGGCGAGGUGCUUGAGAAGGUCAUGGAUCCCAGCUCGAACCUCCUGGACCGGGCCUUUUGGCCCGCGGCAACUAGGAAGAGUUACGUCCGUGCUUCUGACGGGGCCUGGGCAGACUUGGUGGCCGCGGCAUUCCAAAGGGGCAUUAUGAAACCAGUGAGGGAGGAGGAUGUGUUCCGCGGCGUCGACGGCCAGCCUGUGUACAACGGGGCCGGCGGCGUCGAGAAGAUCAAGUACAAGGACGGAGUGCGACAGGAACUCCUCCGCUUCAUCAGCAUCUUUUGCCCCAUCAGCGACUACCUGACCCGCAUCGCGGGGGGCGACGACAAGUUGCCGUACGUCGGGCAGGUCACCCUCCUUCAUUUGGAGGAGGGAGAAGAGGUUCUCAUCGACUCCGAGGACUUCGAGAGCUGCUUCAACCUUUUCACUCUGCCCGACUCGUGGCUCGGGUACUUCAGCUACGAGAAAGUUGUACCUGGCAGCGCUAUGGGCCUGCCAGAGAAAGAGUGGGUGCGCCCCGCCUUGUGCGUCGUGCCCAUGGGUUGGAACAGUGCCGUCGCCAUCAUGCAGUCGGUUGUCCGACGUCUUGUGUUCGGGCUCGCGCGGGUCUCCCCCGCCACCGAGGUGCCGAAGGGCAGGGACCUACCCCCGCAGGACGACUUGUCCAUCCUUUACCUCGACUCGCACGACCGACUCCGGGUUGUCGACCGGGCUCUCGCCGAGGCCCAGAUGGGGGAGGAGACAGACGAGCACGCCCGUUUCGUCAACGUGCGCUCCGAGCUCGGCCCCCCGCUGAACACGGGAAAAUCUUUGAUCGGGGCGACGGCGGCAUCCCUUCAAGGGGGCUUUUUGGACAGCUCCCGCGGGACCUUCGGGCUCCAGCCCUCGAAGGGGGCCGACUUGGUCUGGCUGGGCCUGGCGCUGCUGGCCCAGCCUCGGUGGAGCGUGCGAGCGCUCCGGCACUGGGCUGGGAAGGCUUGCUUCGCGUCGGUGUUUCGGAGGCCGCUCUACGCGGUGCUGCAGGAGGUGUUCUGGCAGACCAAGUUGCUGGAGGCUGGGGCGGCGGUGCCGAAGGACGACGCGUUCGACGAGGUCCUGUCUUUCACCAUCUUCGUCCCGCUCGCCUUCGCCAACAUGCGCGCCGCGCUCGAUGGGAUUGUCUCGUGCUCGGACGCGUCGCUCACAGGCGGCGGAGUUGCGGUGGCGAUGUCGUUCCGGCCGUUCGUUACCGGGGGUUCGGCUUGCCAGCCCAGCUACCGCCAGUCCGGCGAGAGCCCUAUACGGGCCCCUUGCGGCGCCCAGAUCGGCGACCCCCGCAGUGCGGCUGACCACCGAGAGAACUGCGGGAAGUGCGGGCGCUGCCCGUGUUUCGCAGAGCGGUUCUCUUGCCCUCGUGCCCCGCUGACGCAGGCAGUGGCGCAGUGGGGCAUUCCUGUGCAGAGGCCCUUCGACGACGCUAUGGGCCGCGAUUUCUUUUCCCAGGAGGGUAAGAAGAUUUUGACCACCGCGCAGGCCGAGACGGCGUUUGCCUGGGAGCAUUUUGCUCCCGAGUGGCGCUUCUUGUCGACGUCUCCUUGGCCUGGCCAGGUGCGGAACGCCAGGCGCAUCAUGGGGAUCCCCGGUCUCCCGCGCACUCUCGCGUUCGAGGUGCGGCGAUCCAGCGCUAUGUGCAAGAAGGCCCUCGCUUGUGCCUUGGAGCGCCACGGGCAGGGGAAGUAUUGGUGCAUCGAGAACCCGUGCGACAGCUGGCUCUGGGACUUCGCGCAGGCCAAGGAGCUAGAGGAGAAGGAGGGAGUAUUUUACUCUGAGCUCUCCUACUGUUGCUUCGGCGGCGCGCGGAGGGCCACCUGCUUCGCUCACAACUGCCGUGAGCUCCAUGCCAUGCUCCAUCGCGACGGGCCCUGCUCCUGCACCGCGGUGCCGCCUAAGGACCCGCGCCACUUCUACGAGUGCCCGGGCGCGCUGUGCCAGAGGUACGCGGAGGUCGUCGCUGGCGUGCUGUCGCGACCCGCGGCGCCACCCCGGGAGGUGGACCCUGCGAGGCGGGAGGAGGCACUGCGUGCCCGGCUCGCCCGAGCAGGGAAGAUGUUCGUCGAAAAGGGCGUCUCGGAGCGCGUGGUCGCGUCCGUGCGUGAGCUCGAGGCUACCACGGUCCCGGGCCAGGAGAUCGAACAUCUGAAGCUCAUGCUCCGCAAGUGCGACCACCGGGGCACUGACGUGAGGCUCAUCGUCGACGAUCCUUUCCAUUCGUCCCCUGCUAGGGCGCCGUGCCCCGCUCUUGAGUGCGAGUGGAAGACCGUGCUGUCAUGGCGAUGGCAGCACGAGCAGCGCAUCAACAUCCUUGAGGCGCGCGCGGCGGUGACCUGGUUGAGGCGGCGUGCCAAUUCAAUAAUGUACCACUCCCGGCGCUACCUGCACAUCCUGGACUCGCUGGUCGUGACGGGUGUGCUCACCAAAGGGCUUCUGGUUGGGUUUACUGCAUUUCUUCGGACUACCGAGCUUUUGUCGCUCGAGAAACGCCAUGUCCGGCUCUUCCCUGAAUCCAACACGGUCUUCAUAGCAUUGGAGUCGACCAAGACUGCCGGGAGAAAGAGGGCCCGGGAGGCGGUGCACUUCGUGGACCGCGUCAUUCUGACAUUGCUGCAGCGGGCCAUGUGCGACCUUUCUGACGACGACCCCCUCGUCCGCCAGAGGGGAGGCGCCUUUUCGAGGGCAUUCCAAGCUCUCCUGAAGUUCACCCGCCUUGAGCACGUAGGGUUCCAGCCGUACUCCCUACGGAGAGGGGGGGCCUCGUGGUACUUCACAAAGGUCCAGAGCAUGGACGCGACGAUCGUACGAGGCCGAUGGCAGAACCCACGAACAGCGCGCAUCUACAUUGAGGAUAGCACGGCCGCAUUGGUGCUGCUGCAGUUACCCGCCGAAAGUGCGGAGAUUGUUAGGUGCCUCUGCAGGCCGGCCUCGCUCGGCAGCGGCUCCGAGGCUUGUGAGGGUGCCAUAUGCUCCACCGCCUCCCCGGCGAGUUACCACCAUUUUGGUGAGGGCUGCGAGGCCGGCCUCGCUCGGCAGCGGCUCCGAGGUUUGACCCAAAGUGUCUGCCUAGCCGCGCCUCGCUGCAAGACACUGCUGGUGCAGCGCGCCUGGAAAAGAAGGCUCGACUACGGCGCCGAGGGGCGGCUGCGCAUCGUCUACGAGAGCGCCACGCCGCGGCAGCCCUCCGGGCGCCCCGCCGUCGUGCCCCAGGAGGCGCCCGUCCUGGACUGCGGCAUGCGGCCCCCCCUGGCGAGGAACGUGGUCUACCGCGGCGAGGACGUGUUUCAUGAGAAGCCCGUCUUUAUCUGCAACCUGCUGCUUGGAGCCUUGCAGAUGUUCACGAUCUUUCUGCUCGUCCACGAUAUCGACCCGAACGCUGACCCGGUGACGGAAGUGCCCUCGUCGCCGUGGAAGCGCACCACCUGGAGCGUCAACUGCAUGAAGUGGAUCCAGGUGACGUUCAUGGCCACGGCCCUCGCCUCCGAGGUCUCCCAGGCGAUGCAGCUGUUCACGCUGGCUGUGGUGAUGGAUGCGGAGUCGUUCCUGGUGCACAGGGCCUUCCUGAUGCUCAUGGCAGCUGGCCAGUACGUCGUGACGCUGUGGGUGCUCUUCGGCGGCGUGGCAGUGGUGCUGAGUUUCCAGGCUGUCCCGGACAUCCUGUACUCCUCCAUGGCGAUCGUCUUCGUCAACAGCAUCGACGACCUCAUGUACCAGUUCGUGGAGAGUCGGUCUUCGACAUCGACGCCGACUUCCAGCUCCCCAACGGCGUUCCAUCGUCCCCCAGGGAGGUCCACGACAAAUGGCUGCUCGAGUGGUUGCCGACCAUGGGCAAGGUAG